CAGUAGACCGGCGCGACUCGUUGCGCGUGGAUCGUUGGAUUUGCGAGUGUCCCGUAAUUUCGUUCGUUCGGGCUGCUUUUGAUGCCGUCGGAACCGCCGAACGUAAGGGAGCCGCCACGACGUAUCUUGUCAUGCCAUUCGUUGCCUUUCACAUGUUAAUGCCGCCACGUUCAUUUUAAUUCUUACUAGCCGAGUGUUGUCUUUGAUAGUAAUUUGAAAGAAAUCUUUCCUAUAACUUGUGUAAUUGGUGAGAAAAGAAAAAAGCGCUCGACAUUGAUAAGUGACGAAAAUAAUCAGCGGCCAAGUCAAAUCGGUAUCUAUAUUGAAGAAAUAAUACCAGAGGGACAUAAUACUGAAGAUAUAAAUUAAUUUAUUAAAAUGCAACAGCAAGACAACAGCCUCACAGAUAUUUAUAAGGACGUUGUGAUAAUAGGUAACGGGCCAAGUGGCAUUUGCUUGUCGUACUUGCUUGCGGGAAACUGGCCCCAUUAUACGGGAGAGGCUCACAAAGGUGACGAGAUGCUGACCGCCAGGCUACGUUAUAGCGUAUUGACGCACGGCUGCUCGUUGAAUGGUGCCGAAGAGGAGGUAAUUGCGAGGGAAUCCGAGUUCCCCGUCUACCAGAAGGCUCUGCGAGAGAAGAAGGAUUAUGGCAGUCACUGCUUAGUCCGACUCUCGCAGCGGAAGAACCUCGAGCGCCUUUCCUCGGGCUUGGAGGGCAGGAACAACGGCAAGCCAUUGUCUCUGCUGAUGGACCAGCUGCAGCAUCCUUGUCUGGAUGCGGGCCUGGAUAUGUCGUCGCUUCUUGACUGGAAAUCGCCGGAGGAGCACGUCGAGCACAGGCCAAUCGACCACGUACUUCUGGGAAAGGGUCCGUCCGGAGGCACUUGGCACGCCUUGGAUCCGAACGUCUUGACGAUAAGUUUAAAUCGAUGGAUGUCGUUGCCAGGCCUCGACCUAAGGCAGUGGAAAGUAAAUCUUGAUGCGGAAGAGAGAGAACAGAAGCUACCGUAUUUCAAUAGCGAGACAGAAAUUGGUACAAACUGUAGUUUAACUCGUGUACCAAUAGGCACCGUGGCUGCCUAUUAUAAAGACUAUGUCAUGAAACAAGGCCUCGACAAAUAUAUUCGAUGUGGUACAGUGGUUACGUCGGUAAAAGCCAUUCCAUGUGUAGCCAACAAUGAGAAAGAAUAUGGAUGGCUAGUGCAAGGCUACGAAACCGAAACGGGACAAACUUUUCAGUAUCGAUGUAAAAGAGUUGUUUUAGCCACUGGAACGACGGACUUGUCAAAUCGACUUGGAGUUUCCGGAGAAGAAACUUAUAAUUGGGUUACCCACGACUACCAGGAUUUCGAAAGAAAGUUGGAUCGAUUGAACUGUCCACUAAGAACAAAUGUACAAAUCAACAAUAAGUACGAUCCAGUUGAAGCAAAAGCGAAUAUCGAGCCAUUACUCAUAAUCGGCUCCGGUUUGAGUGCCGCUGAUGCGAUUAUGGCCGCAAGAUCUCGCGGAAUUUCCGUCCUCCACGUCUUUCGAAGUAACUCCAAGGAUCGAAGCGGCAAAAUGGACAGAAAGAAGAAUCUUGAUAAGCUUCGGUGGCUUCCGGCCUCGGUCUAUCCAGAAUACCAUAGAGUAUACGAAAUGAUGGCCGAUAAGGGUAGAAAUUAUCAUUUCUACAAGUCUCUUCCAGACCACGUCGUAAUUGAUUUCAGUGCGAGCGCCGAUAAAUACACUCGGACUAAAAUGAGGAAAGUGACACUGUGUACACCUCAAGGAAGACUUAUUUCUUAUCGUGUUUCCUUCGCUGCCGUCUUUAUCGGUUCCAAGCCCGACUUGUCCUACCUACAAAACAAUGGCAUUGGCCUUGGGAAGGUAGAGGAGAAACGGAUAGACAGUCGUUCGAAUCCAAUCGACGUCGACGUCUUCACUUACCAGGUUACACGAGCGCCGAGGAAGGGACUCUACGCGAUUGGUCCCUUAGUCGGGGACAAUUUCGUUCGCUUUAUUCUAGGAGGUGCCUUCGGCGUACUAGCAAGCAUUCUUCAUACGCCCGAAUGAUCGCAACUUUAUUGCGGAAUAAGAACAAACGAACAAACAAAAGUUAUAAAAAACGAGACAGACUCCAGUGAAAAUGAAGAGAACUUAUUUAUAUAAACAGGUGUUAUACAUACAUGGCCGAAGAAUCACCCACUUGAAAUAAUUGUACUUUGCAAGUCUUUUUAUAUUAUUUUUUCAAGAGAGGCGUUCGAAUCACGAGACAUUCGCGAAUCACUGUGUUGAAGAAUAUUUUAUAAUAAGAAUACGAGAAAACUAUUUGCUUUAGUAUGUUUUAUACUUGAACAUGGAUCCCAUUGUCCAAAUGGGA